CUCUACGAUACGCCAUCGGACCCCUCGAAAUUCAUUUCGAAAUUCCCACACAACACCACCCAAUAUGUCUCACGAGUCUAUCUGGUAUUCGCGCCCACGCACCUACGGCAAGGGCUCUCGCUCCUGCCGUGUCUGCACUCACAGCGCCGGUCUCAUCAGGAAGUACGGCUUGAACAUCUGCCGUCAGUGCUUCCGUGAGAAGUCCGCCGACAUCGGUUUCAAGAAGCACCGAUAAAUUCCCAAUCGAUUCGAAUCAAAAAGGCAUUGUGGAGGUAUGGGCGUGAUGGUGUACUGGAGUGACGACUUAGAGGCGGAUGAAUGACGAUCAAAACAAAAAAGUGAUUUGAGGGGGUGGACAUUGCAUUACCGGAUUCCUCAUGUCUUUUCCUUGGGAUUGUUUCCUAGGUGCAUACGGGCGGACGUUGCACGGUUCGGAGUCUACAUCUACGGCGAAUACGAAAACCGUACAAUU